ACGCAGUGCCCUCGCUUACACAGUAUGGCCGGCGACAUUAGCUAGCGCUCGCUCUACUCUCUGUAACGGGGAAACAGCGGACUACAAGAGACUGAACUGUAUCUGCCUCUAUUUCCAACAGACUCACGUUCAACUUUCGCUCACAAAAAAAAAAAAAAAAAAAGCCGGGAAAAUUUUAUUAAUCCUUUUUUUAAAAAAAGUUAAUAUAAAAUUAUAGAAAAAAAAAAGGAAGCUGAACUUUAGUAACACAGCUGGAACAAUCCGCAGCGGCGGCGGCAGCGGCGGGAGAAGAGAUUUAAUUUAGUUGAUUUUCUGUGGUUGUUGGUUGUUCGCUAGUCUCACAGUGAUGGAAGCUGCACAUUUUUUCGAAGGGACAGAAAAGCUGCUGGAGGUUUGGUUCUCCCAGCAGCAGCCCGACGCAAACCAAGGGUCUGGGGAUCUUCGCACCAUCCCAAGGUCUGAGUGGGAUAUACUUUUGAAGGAUGUGCAAUGUUCAAUCAUAAGUGUGACAAAAACUGACAAGCAGGAAGCUUAUGUACUCAGUGAGAGUAGCAUGUUUGUCUCCAAGAGACGUUUCAUUUUGAAGACAUGUGGUACCACCCUCUUGCUGAAAGCACUGGUUCCCCUGUUGAAGCUUGCUAGGGAUUACAGUGGGUUUGACUCAAUUCAAAGCUUCUUUUAUUCUCGUAAGAAUUUCAUGAAGCCUUCUCACCAAGGGUACCCACACCGGAAUUUCCAGGAAGAAAUAGAGUUUCUUAAUGCAAUUUUCUCAAAUGGAGCAGCAUAUUGUAUGGGACGUAUGAAUUCUGACUGUUGGUACUUGUAUACUCUGGAUUUCCCAGAGAGUCGGGUAAUCAAUCAGCCAGAUCAAACCCUGGAAAUUCUGAUGAGUGAGCUUGACCCAGCAGUUAUGGACCAGUUCUACAUGAAAGAUGGUGUUACUGCAAAGGAUGUCACUCGUGAGAGUGGAAUUCGUGACCUGAUACCAGGUUCUGUCAUUGAUGCCACACUGUUCAAUCCUUGUGGGUAUUCAAUGAAUGGAAUGAAAUCAGAUGGAACUUACUGGACUAUUCACAUCACUCCAGAACCAGAAUUUUCUUAUGUUAGCUUUGAAACAAACUUAAGUCAGACCUCCUAUGAUGACCUGAUCAGGAAAGUUGUAGAAGUCUUCAAGCCAGGAAAAUUUGUGACUACCCUGUUUGUAAAUCAGAGUUCUAAAUGUCGCACAGUGCUUUCUUCGCCCCAGAAGAUUGAAGGCUUUAAACGUCUUGAUUGCCAGAGUGCUAUGUUCAGUGAUUACAACUUUGUUUUUACUAGUUUUGCUAAGAAGCAGCAACAACAGCAGAGUUGAUUAAGAAAAAUGAAGAAAAAACGCAAAAAGAGAACACACAUAAAAGAAGGUGGUGGCUGCUUUCUAGAUGUUGAUACUGGGGGCCGUGCUUUCCAUAACCACCACCUUGUAGUUGCAGAAAGCCCUAGAUGUAAUCAUAGUGUAAUCAUUUUGAAUUGUAUGCAUUAUUAUAUCAAGGAGUUAGAUAUCUUGCAUGAAUGCUCUCUUCUGUGUUUAGGUAUUCUAUGCCACUCUUGCUGUGAAAUUGAAGUGCAUGUAGAAAAAAUCCUUUACUGUAUGAAACUUUACAACACUUGUAAAAACAAAUCAGUUUGGUUUAUGCGCAGUGUAAUAUUUCUCCAAGUAUCACCCAAAAUUCCCCACAGACAAGGCUUUCGUCCUCAUUAGAUCUUGGCCUCAGCUGAACCAUCUGGGACUGUUCUAUUAAAUUGCUGCCAGGAUUUUACAUCCAGUUACCUCCAGUUUCUAGAAAAUAUUCUCUAUGAAUGUUAAUUAAAACCAAUUUCUACUUCAUACAGAUGUUUUUUGCAACAGCAAUUAAAAGUUUUUCUUCCACGAGUCAAGUCCUCUUAAGAAAAUGAUUGCAGUUAUUCAUUUUUGUAUAUUACUAUUUUAACAUUAUCACUCCCUGUAUUUGUAGUCUUUUAAUUGAUUUCUCUCCUCACCAUGGCAUACCCCCUCCUGCCCCUGGUCCCUCCAAAUAGAGCAAUACACUGUCACACUGUUGGGUUUAUACUAAUACCCCCAGAGGAGGGUAGACCUUGGGCUCAAUUUUCUUGUAUGUUCAAGUGAAUUUGACCUCCUUUAUUGACAUGGGUUCUUUUGGAAGAUAAUGACAAAAAUAAACUCCAGUGUUGAUUGGCAAGGAAGAUUCGUUGAGUGUCGUAGAUUGAGAUGAGGUUACACUGACAAAUGUAUGGAAACCUUAUACUUUUCUUUGCUACCCAGGAAUUGAGAUUAUUUUAUCGUGAGCACCAUGCCUGAACUUGCUACAUGAUAGUAUAUAAAUGCACUAAAUAUAUCAGCAGGGAGAUUUAGCAUAAAGAUUGUACUAGAUUCAAUAAGUCAAUUCGGUUUGGCUAAUUUAAGUUUUACUUUAGCAGGCAUUUCCACUAGUUUCCAUUAAUAAUAUAGUAUAACCUUUGGUUCAAAGCAAAGCCAACAUUUUUUUUCCCUUGGGAACUUAAAGUUCUGUAACUUUGUGAUGUGUGAUAGUGUUCCGACUUCAUCUGUUCUUCCAGUGUGGUGGUAUUUUCCCCAGCAGUAGAUGGGAUCAAGUGAAUGACUGCCCAGAGUGAGAACCAUCUAGGUUAUUGAAACAUACACAGUAAGGCAGAAUGCUAGUUAUAAAACACAACAUACAAAAUUCUAAGAUAGUCACUUAAUGGGAGAUGACUAGAAAUUUAGGCUUUUAAGAGUUGGCAUCUUUUUUAGCUCUAUUUGCAAAUACUAUGGGAUAUCAGCAGCUAAGAGAACAGUAAAGUUGACUAAAUUUUGUAUUUCUUGUCCUCAAAAUAUUUUUUUUGAUCGUUCCUGGAUUGAUGCAGUGAUGUUCCUUCCAUAUUUGUAAAUGAAACACUUUUUUAGUGUUUCUAAACAUAAAAUCUGCUUGGUUGGAAAUCAAGUGGUUGGAACACUUUUGACUUGAGCACAUUGAUGAUUGAAAGCAUUGAAGAAGCAUUCAAUCACUGUGAUCAGUUUGAUUCUGUAACUAGCACAGCACCUAAUGUUUAUAAUGUGCUCUGGUUUUGAGGACAAAUUACUCAGUGGAUUUUGUUCUUGAACAGUAUCCCACUAGAUUUGAUGACAUUUAUUGGCUUGAGGUCUGAUUUUUUUUAAUAGAUUUAAAAAUUCUAAUGUUGAAAAAGUACAAAUUUGUAUGUUAAAAAAAAACCCGAGCAAAAUGAAAACUAUAGAUUGGAUAGUAAUCUAAAUUAAUCCUAGUAUGAUAGAGGAGGGGAAGUUUUGGUGCCAUAUUUCUCCCUUCAUGGUGUUGGACUUAAAUCAGUUAAAAUGUAUUUCUGUACCACAAUUUAUGCUUCAAUAAAAGUUUGCUUAAUUCAUUGUGUAGUGACAUUCAGAAACUUAGUAUACUUAAAAAUUAUUGAAUAAACUCAUAAUCAUUGUGAGAGGAUUGUUAUGAAGACAUCAUAAGAUCUUUAAGCUCCUGGGGCAACAUUUGGUUAAUUUAUAUCGAGGUUUGAACAUUUUUGUUAGUGCCUUCAUGAUUGAAGCUCAUGUCAGUGGGAGAAUAGAAAAGUAUACAGUAAGAAACAGUAAAAACGUGCAUUUGGGAGUUAGAGGUCAGAAGUGUGAAGGUAGAAGGUUCCCCUCUUUAUUAUGGAUUAUACCCGUGAAGUAGGGGGAAAGAGAAGCUGUAAGCUUCUUUAUUUCAUUCAUGCUUUUUCUAUUAACCAGAACACAGUUAUUUUAAGAUGGACUGUUUUGCCGUGCAGGUAUUUAUUCUUUGCCAUCAUUUGUCGGUGCCUCUCUCCUGAAUCCAACUCUUUAUUGAGCAAUAAAAACUACCCCUUCUCAACAUA